AUGCCGCGCAUUUCCCGGUCAACCUGCGUUGCUCAGCAGCCAGCCAUCCAAGCCUUCACUCGGGCAACCAAGGCCGGCAUUACUCCGCAACUGCCUGCCAAAAAGACAACAUCGCUGCCAGUAUCGCCUUCCAAGAAACGCAAAUUACAGGAACUCGAAAACAUCGAAUCCGGUAACAAGCAGGCACCAAUCGAGGAGGAAGGCACGCCCUCAAAAACUUUACGACUCAAUGAAUUGUCCGUUUCGACACCGCGCAGUGGACACUAUGCUUCACCAAAGAAAGCUUCGCCCCAGAAGUCCCCGAGUCGGACCCCGAGUCGACGGGCUCGUGCCCCUGUCAAGAACGCUCCCUCGACACCCGCAACCCCUUCCAAGCAGCGAACCCUGAAUUUCGAGAAGGUUAUCACAGUGCACGACGAAGUUCCAGUCAUUGAGCGGCCCCUGUUCUUCAAUGAUAUCCUGAACCUUCACUCGUCCUUCGUGCAGGCUUUCUCGAUUCACAUGGCACACAACGGCGCUAGAACCGCUGCUGAUCUCCGAGAAUUCCUCAACAGUGUUACCCGCCUUUGGAACAAGCGCAAAGUGCAGGUAAAGGACCUACAGCGUCUUGUGUGGAUUUGGGAUCAGAGCUCGAAAGCGCAAUACGUGUCAUAUCGCUUGGCGAACUAUGGACUCGGCAAAAUUUGCAUGGAGCGCACCGUUCAGAUGGAGGUGCAGCCUCCGGCUCUGCAAGACUCUUUCGAGGAGGCCCUUGAUUUGCUGUGGGAGAAGGCCCCUGAGGCCCUUCGGACUGCCAGGGAGGAAGAUCAAGCAACUCUGUUCAUCGAAUCUCUCGGUCUUUCCACCAUCCACGAGUCUCUCACCCCGUUCACGGUCUUCCAAAAGGGCCAGCAGCGUCUUCAGGAUCUGAAGGGCGGUCUGCUGCGCUUGAAGGCCGAGAGACAACUCUCACAGUCCGCAGAAACGACCCCACAAGAACGGACAGCCACACUUAGCCGCAAACAGAGCCUGCUCGAUCGCAUCAAGAACAAAGAGCUACGCCAGUCCAAGUUGCCUCCGCCGCCUGCCAAGAAGGAGCUGCUGCAACGUGCCGCCGUUGAUCGUGUCGAAGAAGUUGCUGGGGUUCUCGCCAUGCUGCGUCCUGCUGGGUAUGUCGGCAAUGGCAUCAAAGCUAUGUUGGCCUCUCAGCGCAAGCCCUUCAAGCUCGAUGCGAUGGUUGAACAUGUCCGCGACUCCAUCCGCAGUGAGAUUGCCCGCGACGAGGCGGAGAUGUGUCUUGAGAUUCUGUCAAACCCUAAGGUUGCCGGUGAUUGGGUCAGCAUGGUAACUGUUGGCCAGAUGAAGUCGGUCGUGUUGAAGUCUUGCAAGGAUGUCUCCGCCAAAGACAUUGGCCUGAAAGCCGCCCAGCUGAAGGCUGAGUGGGACAGAUCUGCAACAUGUGUGCAGACCACUCCCUUGUGA